CGCCAAUCGUAACGAACUGUAGUAGGUCAUAGAAUGUUUAAGUGACAAAGUGUGACACGAAAUGGCAUCGAAUUCAUCUAGUAACAAUGGUAAGAAACAAUGCCCCUUCAUGGAAAAAUGUUAUCGCAGAAAUCCAAUCCAUUUCAAAGAGAUGUCACACCCACACUUGGAAAAAAUAGCCGCAAGUCAGUUAGAAAAAAAAGUGCAGGUACCUGAUAACCUUGAUUUUGAAUGUUCCGACCGAUCGCUUUUGAUGGAUCAGUUGAAUAUCUUGCAACUGGUUUUAAGAAGAGAGAAAGAUAAUAGUACAUGCAGUUCGACUUCGACAACAGGUAUGGGUUCUGAUGUUAGUAUUAUAUAUUCUACGAUACCGAAAGGAGAUAGUAGUGGCGGUCAGAAUUUAAAAGAUAAAGUAGAAAGGCACAAACAAAUAAUGACAGAAAGGAGAGAGAGUAAAUUAAAAGGUAUGGAUGAUCAGGCAGAAGCACUUUCUAAAUCUUCUACUAGUAAAGUCCACGUAAUGAGACAGGAGCUUGAUAGCCUUAAAAUAGAAGAGGAAAGAACAAAGGAGGAUGAUUCUCCGCAAGGAAUAAAACGAAAUAAUAAUUUAAAAGAUAAUGAACCUGUAAACAAAAAAUCAAAGUCAAAUAAUAGCGAUUAUCACGGCGAUAUUAAAGAAUCUACUCAAAGCACGGAUAAAAGUUCAAAUAGCGAGCAGAGUUCUAGUUCGUCGAAUUCCAAAUCUUUGUUCAAUGCUUUUCAAUCGUGCAAGACCGCAAAGUCCAGACUAGAAUUCAGAGAAAAAGCUAUUAGUAUGAUGAAACAACGCGGGUUCGAAGUAUCCGUGGUCGAACCAGGAAAAUUUGACCUAAAGUAUGCUUGUUCUGCGCCGUACCACAUAUUUUUCACAAGAAUUCAGAAGUCAAAAGCUACGUACCAUCAACAGUUUUCUAUAACGUUUCCCGAAAUUUUAGACAGAAGUCUAGGAGAGAUAGAGUGUAGUUUACAAAUCAGCUAUAUGGUCGACGUCGGGUGGUUAUGUUUACAGUAUUUGCUGGCUGGCCAGCGUCCCGAUAUGUUUGUUAUAUAUGGAGAAAGAGUGGACACGGAGAAUGUGGGCUCAAAUAUUACCUUGAUACCUAUCCAAAUGCAGUCAAAAUUCGGUUGCCAUCAUACCAAACUUAUGAUUUUAAAAUAUAAAAAUGAUGGCAUACGAAUUGUCGUAUCUACUGCAAAUUUGUAUGUUGAUGACUGGGAUAACCGAACCCAAGGAGUAUGGAUAUCACCGCAUCUUCCGCCACUGCCUGAGUCUGCGAAUACGGGUGAUGGAGAAUCACCCACAGGGUUUAAAAAAGAUUUAGAGCGUUAUCUGAACAAAUAUAAAGAACCGAUUAUAACCGAAUGGCUGGUUGCUAUUCGAAGAGCAGAUUUCUCGUCGAUAAAUGUAUUUUUUGUUGCUUCCGUUCCCGGAUCGCAGAGGGCCAGUGAACAGAACUUUUGGGGACAUAAGAAAUUAGCAAGUGUCCUUUCUGCACAUGCUACGUUACCUGCGGACGCGCCACAAUGGCCGAUCGUAGCGCAAAGCUCUAGUAUCGGUAGUUUAGGCCCGAAUUUCGAUAGUUGGCUUUUAAAAGAUAUAGUACCUGCGAUGUCAAGAGAGACAACGUCUGGAUUGAAGAGUCACCCGAAAUUUCAUUUUAUUUAUCCCUCCAUAAACAACUAUAAACAAAGCUUCGACUGUCAAGUAGGAUCAUGUUGCUUCCCUUACGGUCUUCAGACACAUUCGAAGCAAGAAUGGAUAGAGUCGUACUUAUACCAAUGGAAAUCUACGCACAUCGGAAGAGACAAAGCUAUGCCGCACAUUAAAUCGUACACGAGAUUUUCGCCCGAUUUCAAGAAAGUUCCGUGGUUUCUGCUUACCAGUGCGAAUUUAAGCAAAGCUGCGUGGGGAGUGGCUAAAAAUUCGUUUAUUAUGAAUUUCGAAGCCGGUGUAUUAUUUAUUCCAAAGUUUAUUACUGGAUCAACGACAUUCCCGAUCCAAGAGGAAGAGGCAGGUGUACCGGUCUUUCCCAUUCCAUACGAUAUACCCCUGACCAAGUACGAGCGUCAAGAUAAACCGUUUGUCGUGGACAUAUUUAGCGGUAGCGAUUAGCGAACCAGUAUUUGGUAUCUGUACAAAAUUGUCCUAAUCUUAUAUUCAAAUA